AUGCAGAACAAAAAGGAAGCAAUCCCGCCGCAGGACUCGGAACCAGUCGUGCAAAGCAAAAUGGCCGCAAAGGCAAGCCCGAAAAAUGAACAGAAGGACAGGAUGAUUGUGCGGGACGCUCCUGCCUCCGAGCGUUCAGUGAGGACCUCCAUUGAAAGAAGCCCUUCGGAAAGCCGAACCGCUCCGCUGAUAGAAGCCGAGGUCCGACUCCCCGCCUACACCGAGCAGGAAUGGCUUGAGGGGACCCCGGCGUACAAUUCCACCCUGCUCAACGUCAAGAAGGGCACGGAGCAACCAUUGGUGUUCGCUGCGCCAGAGAUUCGGAGGACGGUGGAAGUUAUGGAGCCGCUCCAGGCGUCGAAGUCCAAAUCCAAAACCGCCGCCGACAUCAAUGUGGACGCCAUCGCCGCGCUGGUUUCCGAAAUUGCUCGCACGGUGAUCGAGGACAAAGCCAACAACGCCGAGAUCGAGGUGCUGGUGCGAUUCGGCAAGAAGACCUGU